UAUGAAGUAGAACUCAUACUUGUUGAGGGAAAUUUGAAUCAUGAGAGAACAGGGAAAACCCUGAAGUUAUCAAGGGGACAGAAGCAUGACAUUCUUGAAACCCUUGCAUCCAAAAUGCAUAGCUUUAAAGCAUAUCCCAGUGAUAAAGACAUUUCAGUGGUUGCAGAAGCGCUUGUCACCACCCAUCCUUGUCUUAAAGAACCAGGAACGCAGACAGGAUGGUAUGGUUGGAAAAAUAGUCUGAAGUUUAAGAUGGGUAACUUCUGCACUAAGUUGAGUCGGGCAGGAUAUAGUGAGGUAGCUGUAAAUUCUGGAAAGAGAAGCAGAAACAACCCUGACAAACAAUCUCCCCACACUGACAUAAAGAGACCAAAAAGGGCAGAAGUGAAUUUUCUCCCCAACUUUCCAAAAGGAGAAGAUGGUUCAAGCCUUGAGCGACAGAGACUCCAGAUUGUAGAUGAAGUUAUAAGGACUGACAAAAACCUCCCUCUGAUUGCAAAGUUGAUGCAGACCACCUUUUCCCUGCGACGCAAAGAGGUCAUCAAUGAUGACUUGCCUGUUGGAGAGAUCCUGGAGCGCUGGCCUGCCCUAAAGAUGGAGUCACAGAUUUGUGCAGAGUUUCACAGAAUCACAAACAUCAACCUGAAGAACCACUUCUAUUCUGAGUUAGACAGACAUGUCCCUCGUCUUCAGAGUUUGUUCAGGAAGAAAGCUGCGCGCACAGGGAAGGUGUCUGAAGUCCUGGAUCAGCUCUUCAACACUUAUGACCGCCAGGAACAAGUUGACGUCAAUGUCCUCCGUGCUGCCGUCCUCCGUGCUCUCCCUACAUAUCUGCAUGAGGAUGACUCCGGAUUUCUGAAGCUGUGGGAUCAGGCCCUGUCAGAUGAACUGCAAAUCGACAACAUACCAGUUGGGCUCCUCCUGAUCAGUGCCACUUCAACAGAUGCUGCGGUAUUCUGCCCGAGAAGGUUGCCGUUGUGCUUGAGGGACUCUGUUCCACACCACAUUGCUGUACACAUCAAUGAGCGUAAGGUUAAGACAGCUUCAGCAGCUGCAGUGUUGGCAGAUGAGUAUGUGUUGACUCAUGCUGGUGGCUCAGAAUGGCGCUGGGGCGUAAAGGACAAUGUGAAGUUUAGUCCAGGAAAGUUUGUUGGGGCUACUCAGGGUUCUCAGGCCAGUUUCAGAAGUGUACCAGCGCCAAACUUUGAGAAGCCCUUUAAACUUCAGGUGGACGCAAGUGGAGUUGGUGCAGGAGCUGUACUGUUGCAAGGGAAGGGGGCUAUUGAUCAUCCAGUCUGCUUCUUCUCCCGGUUUGGCGUCAUCUGGUGGUUGGCGGUGGCAUGCCAGCUGGUCGUGGGGAGACUCGCCAGCUGGUCGUGGGGAGACUCGCCCACCUGCCUGCUGAUUGCGGAUGGGCUUCACCUGGGUGGAAGGGCAUACAACCGGGCUGCCAGAGCUUUCAGGGGGUUCCUCGGGGCCUACACGAGCUGGCCGUAA